UUUCUUUCACCCAGCACACAGCAAGAAGAGGAAACUGCGUACUUGAUUUUCACUCUCCAAACGUUUUAGUUGUAAUCGCCUACUUCUUCGCAGUUUUAGUUGAAAUAUUUCAAAUUUUUCAAAUUUUGAUAGUGAAAAUAAUUAAUACAUACAAAUUGACUACUAUGACUUCGUCAUCAUCAUCUCGAGCCGCCACGGAAGAGGCAGAAAGUGUUAAUUCUUCUUAUUCUUCUCCGAGGAGGGUGGGUCCUUUCCUCCUUGGCCCCCAAUUCGAGCCCCCCCCUGCCAGAUGUGUGACCCACUUUCUGGCCAGGAGGGAAGGGACGCAAGAAUUCUAUACCGUUAAGGUAUUGACCCUUGCUGACCCAGCGGUUGUUGAAUCGACGGACGAUCUCUACGGCAAGAUCCUCUUUCGCACCGAGUACAAUUUGUUGAGGCGACUUGAAGGUCUGAACGGUGUCCCGCAGGAGUACGGGAUGAUCAGGGAUCGUGCCGAAGAUGAUGGACGAAUGGUGGAUAAAAUCUCCCUCAUUUUAGGAUGUUACAUGCCCCACAAUUACUCCAGGAAAUGCGCCUCCCUCGCAUAUUUACAACAGUUCGUUAUUCAAGAAACGAAGUUGGAAGAAUCCACGGCAAUUAAGAUCUUGUGUAAUCUUGUCAAAGUUGUGGAGGGCUUGCAUCAGCGACAUAUUGUUCAUCGGGAUAUCAAAUUGGGAAAUAUCGUCGUCGACAAGAAGACGCUGGAGGUAACGAUAAUUAAUUUUGGUUUAGCAAAAUAUGUCACGGCGCAAGAUGAACUAUUGCUGGACCAGUGCGGAUCUCCAGCCUACGCGUCCCCGGAGGGGAUAAGUAAGAAACCAUAUGCCGGUAAACCAGCAGACAUGUGGGCCUUGGGUGUAAUAUUGUAUACGAUGCUUUAUGGGAAGUUCCCAUUCUUCGAUGUCAACCCGUAUGUGCUGCUAAAAAAAGUUUCGUCCGGCGAAUUUAGUAUUCCUGCUGUGGGAUUCACAGUGUCCGAGGCGACGAUCAAAUUACUGAAGUCGCUCCUAGUCGUGGACCCGCAAGCAAGGCCAACGGCGUCUGAUGCAUGGACGCUUCUAAAUGACAAAAUUAGUGCGGAAGAAGAAUUGCUGGAGGGCCCUCAGGUGGUCCCAACUUUUAGCUUGGCCGACGAGGAUGACGAAGACUAUCAACGCCGCAUUAGGGUAUCUCAACCCGUGUCAUACCCGGUAAUGAGUGAUUCAGCAGUCGAGACGGCUCUGGAGGUGCGAGCAACCACUAGCUUUGCGAUAAGAAUCCUUCAAUCUGCUCCUCAACCAUCAGGCCCACACGUCAACACGAAUGUGAUUCCGUCCAGGAAUGUGCCUUCCGUCAACGUGGCGACAAGUCAGGAGCGAGGAACUACUACGACUACCCAGACGACGCCAGCAUCCCGUCAAGCGGCUCGCGCCAUGCUGGUCGCCAGACGAAGGCGUAUGAGGAAUUUGCACAUCGCUGUAGCAAAUGUUCGACUUUGGAGAAUUAUGACGCCCUUUCCUUUCAGUCGUGAUAAUGAGGAUGGUGCUUCCACGUCAGGAUCAUCGGCCAACACACAAAUUUAGUGCCUUAGAACACCUGUGUAUUCUUGUUUCAUUAACAUUUUACGAUUAUUACGUAGAAAUAAUUAGUUAUAGGUAAUAAUAGUUGUAGGUAGUACGCAAAGUAGGAGAAAUUAGUUUUAGUUGUAAAUAUUUAAAAAUUGGACUAAUCUAAGCUACGAUGAAGGGACUUAGUUUUGAUAAUUAUUGUAUUUAGUUGUUAUGAAAAAUGUUUGUGCUCAUUUACUAAAUAGUAAAAUAUUUAUGAACUUUAUUUGUAAUCUUUUUUGUCACGAAAGUCAGCCAAACUCGUAAGUAUUUAUACGAAUAAAAUAAUUCUAGUUCGAAAUUGUUUGGAAAAGUUGUAAAUAUGAAAAAAGUAUGCCGUCCGAUAGACUAUAUUUUGAUAACUAGACAGCUUUAAAUACAUAAAUAUGUAUUAAUAAAAGUUUAAUUAAUGAUGUUAAAAAAACU